AUGCUGAAAAAAACUCCUAAAGGAUCUGAAAGUAAUGAACUGAAAGUAACACCUGGAACAGCAAAUUUAGUGCCUUUUGGGGAUGUGGUUGGCUGUCUGGCUAUUCAUCUAAAGAGCUGCAGACAUUUUGCACCUCAUAUCGAUUUGCAGCAUUGCAAUACUUUUUGCAUUCGAAUCUUUAUAAACAAUGUUGUGAAAUGUACAAAAAUGUCUAGGUUGAUAUCCGAAAAGACACGAUUUAGCAAUGAUAAAAAGAAAACUAUAAUUAAGUUUGAUGAAGUGAAGUAUUUUUCUGUACAGGUUCCCAGACGUCAAGAUGAUGUGCGAAAUAAUAUUUACUUGGAUCUAAUGCAAUGUGACAGUGAAAACAAUUAUAAUACCAUGUUAGGGUGUGUUCAUAUACACCUUUAUGAAAUAAUUCAGAAGGGGUGCUUUACUGAAGAAUUUCAAGUAUUGAAUAAAAACACAUUUAUCUGCAGGAUGGAGGUGGAAUUUACGUUCUCCUAUGGAAAUUUUGGCUUUGGAUUUUCACAUCAGUUAAAGCCUCUUCAGAAAGUUGUGGAGCCAUCCAUGUUUAUGAAUGUUGCACCACCUCCAGAAAGAACAGACCCUGUGACGAAUGUUAUUAUACCACAGUCCAUAGGAUAUCCAACAUUCUUAUCCCCAGACUUGAAUGUUACUGUCGGGAAGCCAACCUUAGUACCCCAAUCCAACCAGCCCUCUGUAGUGCAACUUGAAAAACUUCAGCAACGACCUCGGGAAAGGCUGGAAAAAAUGAAAAAAGAAUAUAGAGAUCUGCAUACAUGGAGAGAAAAAGCUAUGUAUUUAGAAGGAGUUCUUGCCUCCAGAUUGCAAGUUAAUGAACUUAAGAAAAGUAAUACCAACGAGACACUUGAAAGCCAGUUUGAAGAGACACCUGAAAAUGUCCCUUUUGUAAAUGAGAAAGCUGAAAUUAUUUCAAGUGAGUUACUGGAUAAUGAUAAGAAGGGCCUGACUCUACCAGCUUUGAACCAGGUGGAUCGAGAUAAUUCAAAUGCUGUUGCUCCUAAAAGUGAUGAAUCGAAAAAACAGAGAGAUACUCCAUUGCCCAUUAUUCCUAGCCUGACAAUAACAGAAGAGAACAAAAUACUACCUUUAGAAAAAGACGAAGUAGAACCUGCGACAGACAGAAAACUGAGUAAUGUACACUUUCAACCACAAGCACAAUUAAAAGAUAACCAUCCAAGUAUUUUAAGAACAGACUCAUCUGCAUCAGAGGUGGCUUUUCCACAAAAAGGAUAUGUGGCACCAUCUUUAAGGCCAGAAUAUGCAGAAUUCAAACCAAAGCACCAGAAUUUCAACACCAGGGACGGUUUUGAUCCUUUUCUAAGGAAUAUAAACAACAAAAUGCCAGUCAGAAAAAGGAAGGACCAAGAUAUGUUUGCAUGUAGAAACACUUUAAGUACAGAGGUUAUAGAACAUGAAGACCAAGAUCCUCCUUACACAGCACAUUCGGAGAUUCCAAGACCCACAGAUGAAACCUGGCCUCAUGGCAGUGAUGCUAAGGAAACUUUAACCUGUGGCCCUGAUAUCAUCACAGUAAACACUUCAAACGCUAAGGAUAAUUUGGCUCAUGAUCCUAGUAUCCCCACAAAAAAGAGUUUAGAUAUUAAGAGUAAGUUAAAGGAAAGACCACCAAAUAUAUCCUUACCAAACUUGGAAAGAAAACCAUCACUAACUGGAAAUGGGAACGUACAUACAUGUCCCUUCUCAAAAUCAUUAAGUCUUACUUCCCACAUAGAAAACUUAAAACAGUCAGUGGUGCUCAACUCAAUUUUACAUAAAAAUCUGCAAGACCUUUCAGAGAAAUUGCUUUCUAAACCAGAAGUCCCUACAGACACUGAAGCAAGAAAGAAAAGUCAUGGUUCUCUAAGUGUUCCUGAUAAACCACCUAGUAGUUUGGAAGACAAGAUAUCUGAAAAAAUCCAAGAUUUAAAUAGCCGGCUUUCAAAAGGAGACAUUUUGUAUUCAAAGUCUCUUGUAAAUGCAAUUAUUAAAGAUGUUCCUGCAGUUUCACUUUCAGAAGAGGGGCCAGGAAAUUCUCCAGAGGUAGAAAGGGAACUUGUCUCUGAAAAACACUUAGAGGCUGGUGAGAAAGGUUUCCCAAUGAAAAGAAAGAGUAGUUUCAAAAAGAAACAUUUAGAAUGUGACAUACCUAUUUCUAGACCAGGUUCCAGUGGCAUUGCACAGGAUUGUGCUAUAAAGCAAAUAUUCACUGCCGAAAACUUCUCCACAUUAGGAAUGGGAGUGGAAGAGUCAAGUGAGACACAGAUGGACUGGCAGAACCAGUUACCCACAGGUUGGGAAAAUUUAUCUUCAAAUAUUCUAGUUUACUAUAAAGAAAACGAUGAAGUAGAUUCGCCAGGGGCCGAAUCUGUCACAAGCCAGAAAAUGCAAGCAUUUCCUCUAGAUACUCUUUUAGCAUCUGGGGAAAUCAAAGUGAUAGAAUUAGAUAAAGAAUACCAGAACAGUUCUUUGCUGGAUACAGAGGCAGCCUUUGCUGAAGAAAAGCCAAAAGAUUCCAUAGAGGAUUAUUUAGAAAUCACAUGCAAAACAAAUUCUUUUUCAGAACAGAAUAUACCCAUCAUUCCCAAAGAAAGCACCUCUUUAAAUAGUGUCGAAUUUAUAGAUGAAGGCCAAAAUGUAUCUCCACAAUAUUCAAAAUAUCCAUCAGCAACAGAUAGCAAAACAGAUUUGCCAAGUAGUAGUCAGAGGCUUGACAGAGAAGAAAGUGGUCUAAAUUCUACUUUAGAAAGUUUAAGUAAUUUGUUAAUGGAUAAACUUAAUAAGUCAGAUGUAAUAAUGUUUAAAUCCUUUUUCAAAAGCAUAUUUAAUGUUUUUUUAAAAUAUAAUCAGUCUGAAAAGAGGAGACAACCAGAAAAAGAAUUAGAAAGACUAAUUCAACACCCUUUUCCAAAUAAUACAGGAGACCUUAAAGGAAUUAAAGAUAAUUUUGAUAAAGCAGACGAAUUAGAUAGAAAACCUAGUUUGAAUCCAAAGCUGCAUGUAUUUCUAGAAACACUCUCAGAGUCAGAAAUAAAAAACCUAAAAUCUGAAUUAAGUAAACACGUCCAGCAUUAUCUUGUAGAGAGACUUUCAGAAUCAGGACAUAUUACCACAGAGGACUUACCAAAAAUCUAUCAAAAUCUGUAUUUGAUGAAUGAGAGAGUAGAACCAAAAGGGCAAAAUGUUUUUCUGGAGAAAUAUUCAGAAACUGUAAAAGAAACUGUGUCUUUCAUAAAUAAUUUUAAUCAUUAUUUCAUAAAUAAGCACUUGGAAAUAAGGCUGAGAUCUUUUUUGAAUGAAAUUCUUCAAAACUAUUUCCUAAAAAACCUUUCAGAAAGCAGUUUAUUUAAAGAGACAGAAUCUGAACCUAUGCACUCAAACAUAUCUUCUCCAAGAACUAAAAGUGCUUCAGUAUCUUUUCAUGAGUUACAAGAUAUUUCAAAGGGGAGUUUUGGUAGAAGGCUUGAAAUAAAUGUGAAAUAUCCUUUAAAUAAAUCUCUGCAAAACGAUCUCAUAGCUUUAUCAGAAAAUGAACUAUUAAAUCUAAAAGGUGAUUUAAGCAAAUACCUCCAGAGGCUUUUUAUAGAAAAACUUUCAAAAUCAGGGCUAAUCACUGAAAGGCAAUUAGAAGGAAUAAGCAACCAUAUGAAUUUGAUUAAUUCUAGUUCCACAUCAUUAAAAUGUAUAAAGCAAUAUUUAUCUUUUAGAGAUGAAAAUCAGUUUGUGGAGGAGCAUUCAGGAAAGCAAAAUAAAUAUUCAGAAAUUGUUCAUAAUGCCACUUUACCAAAGGUUCCUGAGAAUAGAGUUGUAGACACAGAACUGACCAGAAAGGAAGAAAAGGAGUAUCUUCUCUUACAGAAUAUUAAAGAAAAUCCAUCAACAAUUAGAGAACACAAAAGAUGUUAUUCUAAAGAAGGAGCUAAAACACUGACUUUAGUAAAAGUACAAACUACUUCCAACAAAAAUAGCCAAGCAAUUCCGUUAAAGAAGUCAUCAGAACGACCUACAGACAUAGUGCCUAAGAAACAAAGGAAAGAACAUGGUGUUAUGCAGCUUCCUCAAGCAGAAAAUUUGGAUUUUAAAUCAGAAAUUCAAGACCCAGAUAGUGUGAGUGGUAAAUCAAAACUAACUCAAUCAAAUGCUUCCUCUGAAAGGACACUAAAAAUGAAGACCCUUGGAAAAAAUGGGCAUAACAACAUGUCUAAAUCGGUGGUACCGGAAACACCUGAAGCCAUGUUGUCACCAUAUCCUAGAAUUCCUUGCUGCAAAAAGCCAAAUGAAGAUGAAAAAUGCAUAAAUAAGUUCACUUUUCCUUCCAGGCAGAGUAACACUGUAACUCAUUUCAAUUCAGAGGCUGGGGAGAUCUCAAAAUUAGAAGUCCAGUUUUGUCAGAGACUGAAAGGAUAUAAUAACAAUAAUAAAAAACAACAUUUAGUAACAUUUGCACGUUACAGAAAAGAAAUGCAAGCUCUUUGUAUACAACCAAGUGAAGUUUGCAAUGAAAAGUAUGCCAAGGCCCUUGAAUCACAAUUGUUUAAAGUUAUGGAAACUAAGAAAAACGCAAAACCAUCCCUCUUCCCAGAAGUAAUAAAGAGAGGAAAUCUAAAGCCCAAGGUCCAGAAAGAAAGAGACCAUGUCAACAAACAAAAAAAGUCACUGAAAAUAGUUAAGAUCCUACCAACCACACCGCCCACCACAGGAACACUAAGGAAAUCUGUUCCAAGGAGAGUGCUUCAUUGGACUGCGAGAACUGCGAUACAUGAUUGUUUGGAUAGAUUUGAGGAUUCACCUAUGACCUCUUUUCAGCAUCUUGAAAAAUUGAAAUCAAGAGCAAGCCUUUUAGGAAAGAACCCAGAUGAUAGCCAUGAUCGGUUAAAACACUCUGCAAGGCCGUUUACUGCUCCAGAGGUUAACAAACGACGAGAAAACCACACUGGAAAAGUUACAAGUCCUCGAAUGGUUUCAGCAGGCUUAGUUCAUUUAAAUGAUACAAUCCCAGAUUAUGAUAUCCAUAAAAUGCAGCCAAAAAAAAUGUUCGCUCAUUCAUGAUAUUAUCCAACUGUUAAAAAAGAGUUCAGAAUGACAUGUGAGGCCAACAGUUGGAAUACCAUUUCUCCAAUUAACAAAAUGGUUUGGAGAUCUGUCCCUUUGUGUGAUAGAAGUCAGCAACCAAAUUUCACCUUGUUAGAACCAUUUUGUUUUAAUUAAAAUGAAAAGAAACACUUUUUGAUGUAAAUGUGUUUUUGUUUCCUUCAGGAACAAACCCAGAAAUACAUAUUCAG